AUGAUAGCAGCACUUGUGCGAUCCUUGCCCCCGCUCCGCAGGAAGUGGAAGCCACUCAACUUUUCCAACACAAGCUUUACCCAGAUCUCCCCAGACCAGAAGAUCGAGGAGGAGACCUUCCCAGACUAUGUCGCGUCCCGCUACUAUCCUGCUCACAUAGGAGAGACCUUCGUAGACCGAUACCAAAUUGUGGGCAAGCUAGGAUUUGGAGCCUCAUCUAUCGUAUGGCUCGCACGGGAUCUUAGGCUACACAGUCAUCGCCGCCAUGUCGUAUUGAAGCUCUACGUUAAUUCCGAUUCCAUGGGGAAGUACCUGGAUGACGAACUAAAUACUUACAGACGCAUGGAAAAGGGUUCCAAGCAACAUCCUGGCUACAAUGCCGUCAGAUCGUUGCUAGACUCUUUCCACGUUGACGGACCAGGUGGGCAACAUCGCUGUUUGGUUCAUCCGCCACUGUGGGAGAGCAUCUCGGCCUUUUUGCGCCGUAACCCAGUGUUGAAACUGCCUCCGCCUGUACUAGCAUUUGUGCUGCGACGACUUUUCUUGGCAUUAGACUUCUUACACAGGGAAUGUCAAAUUAUACAUACAGAUAUUAAAGCAGACAAUAUUAUGUUUGGAAUUCAGGACGACUCGGUCUUUGAAGCCUUCGAAGAAGAGGAGCUUCAGAAUCCUUCCCCGCGAAAGGUGUUGACUGAUAGAGCUAUCUACGCGUCACGCGCGCUCACGAUGCCCAGAGAAUGGGGUUCUCCAGUUCUUUGCGACUUUGGAUCAGCCGUAUCUGGCGAAACAGAGCACGUCGAGGAUAUCCAGCCCGAUAUAUAUCGCGCGCCGGAGGUUAUUCUGCAGAUACCGUGGACUUACAGCGUUGAUAUAUGGAAUGUAGGAUGUAUGAUUUGGGAUGUCUUUGAGGGUGGGCAUCUGUUUACAGGUCGGGACCCUGAAGCUCAGACCUAUCGAAGUCGGGCUCAUCUUGCAGAGAUGAUCGCUCUCCUUGGCCACCCCUCACCUGAUCUUCUUGCCCGAGGUGGCUUGAGCCAUGAAUUUUUCUCACCUGAAGGAAAUUUCUCGGCCAAAGUCGGGUUACCCGAUCGAGUUUCACUGGAAGAGAGAGAGGCCGGACUUGAAGGACGGGACAAAGAGAGCUUUCUGCGACUUAUGAGGAAGAUGGUUGAAUGGGAACCGUCAAAGCGCUGCUCUGCGAAGGAACUAGCAGACGAUGAAUGGAUACAGAAGAAUUUAUAG